AUGGUUAACCGUUUCACUCGCCCUAAUCCUCUCCCCGGGCCGUUACCUUUACCAUUCAUCGGAAACCUUCUUAACUUCACAGAUGUAAGAUUAUUCUAUGAAAAUUGUCAAAAGAAAUAUGGGGAUGUUUGUGAAAUAUCUCUUGCUGGGCUUAAUUAUGUCAUUCUCUCACGACCUGAAUAUAUUGAAAAAAUUUUAUCUCCUACGUCAUUUAUUGUGAAAACUCCACAAUUGCAAGGGUUGGAAGAAUUAGGUUUUUACAAUCGUGGAGUCGCUUUUAAUGAGGAUUAUAAGAGUUGGAGUUAUAAUAGACGAUUCUUUUCUCGAGCAUUAUUGGGACUUAAAUUUAUGAACUUGACCAUAACAUCUACAAAUAAAUUAUAUGAAGAAAUGAAAAUGGAUUUUUCUGCAUGGUUUCAUGCAUUUAUGAACGAUCUUGUUUCAAUCUUAACCGUUGGAGAACGCACUUAUUCAAUUGCUUCUUAUUAUAAUACACAAAGUACUAUUAAGUCUAAGUAUCUUAAUACGUUAAUCGAAGACGGUGACAGAUUUGUUAAAAGAAUCGUAAAACUUAGUAAAGAUCUCUUAUUCUUUGUAUAUAUUGGCCCAACAUUGAGACAUUACUUUCCAAUAUAUAGAAUUAGAUCAUAUUUUAUGUUAAAAAACCGUGAUUGUGUAUUCGAAACGUUGGAUAAUAUGAUUAAGAAAAGAAGAAAAGAGAUUGAAGAAAUGCCUAUAGGUGCAGAAAUGAAAACUGAUAUGUUAACUUCUUUAAUCAUUGCGAACACUAUAAGGGGUGAUGCUAAUGUAGAAAUGCUAGAUGAUGAAAUGCCUAUACCUAUGAGUGAUUCUAUGACUGGUCCUAUGAGUGAUGAUAUGAUCAGAGGUGAUUUGUUAGAUGCUUAUUCAGGUGGAACUGAUGCUAUUGCGAAUGCAUUUUGCUUCAUAACAUACUAUCUGUGUAAAAAUCCACAUGUAAAACAAAAAAUGCUUUUAGAAAUUGACUCUAUUUUCCCUAAAGGUUCCAAUAAGUCUUAUGUAUCGGACGAAGAUCUUCCAAAAUUAAAAUAUUGUAAAGCUAUAAUUAAAGAAACUUUUCGUAUAAUGCCGGUAGUAGUUCUUACACCUCGCCAACUUGCUGAAGAUUGUGAACUUGCUGGGUACAAAUUGCCUGCUGGCACUCAGAUGUUUUUAAAUUUUUUAGGUGCAAACUUUCAUCCUAAAGUUUGGACUUAUCCUGAAGUUUUUAAUCCAGAUAGAUUUUAUAAUGAAGAAGAUAUAAAAGUAGAUGCUAAAUAUUUACCAAUUUUUGGUGGAAAUUUACGUCUCUGCCCUGGAAGAAGAUUGACAAUUACAGCGUUACUUUUAUUAUUGGCAUUAGUAUAUAAAAACUACGACAUUGAGUUAGUGAACUUCAAUGAGCCAUUAAAACUCUUUAUGGGAGGUAUUUUGAAUUGUAAAGAGUUGAAAGUUAGAAUUAGUCCGCGAAAUUGA